AUGGCCAUGUUCCCGAAGAUCGGUUCAGUCCAGUGCCUUAUGAUUAUUUCAGUGCUCUGCUUCACUGACUUUAGUGAAGGCUCACCUGACGGAAGCACCCACCCUUCAGCCACUUCCAAACUGUGGAAGAAACCAAACAAUCUUGAGCUCUCUUCACCGAAAGAUCCGAAAUCUUCCUUCAACUUGGACUUCCUGAGGAACUGUGUCCGGAUGGGGCAGACCGCUGUAUCGUGCACUCGGAGACGGCUGCGGCACGUUCCCCUCGGCAUCCCUGUCGGCACCGCGCGACUCAACCUCACCCACAACCUGUUUAACGGUUUACUCCCGGGGACAUUCCCACAACUGUCAAACUUGGAGAUCCUGGACCUGAGUCGAAAUCUCAUCCUCGAGAUUUGGUCAGGAAGUUUCAGAAACACCCGCAACUUGAGAAUCCUCUAUCUCAACCACAACAACAUCACCGCCCUCCCGAGAGACGCGUUUGACGGCCUCGAGCGGUUAGAGCUGCUCGGACUGGCGUACACCCGCCUGUCGAACCUCGACAGCGUGGAGUUCCUCACUCCCACUCUCCAAUCACUCAACUUCCUCUCGUUCGCGGGCAACGGGAUUAGCCGCUGCAAACUUGGGAACGAGUUUAGAAAUCUGAAAGGGUUGGCCCUCUUGGAUCUGGCUUACAACGCCAUUGUUGACCUUGAACGCGACUGUUUUGCUUCACUAAAUGAUUCACAUGUCAAAACAUUAGAUCUAUCGUUCAACAGCAUCCAGGUCAUCAGUCAGCCAGUUUUCUGGCCCUUCCGUAACCUGUCAGAUUUGUAUCUAGGCGGAAAUAAGUUUGAGGCAAAAAGACUGGACACGACGUUUGAAAACCUCAACAGCAUCGAGACUACGUCCUUACGUCUGUCCUUCGACAACAGUUCCUUUCUGGCUGGAGUUUCAACUCCUCCGAGCACCACCACAUUCGAACGUUUGUCCAACUUACCCAUCACCCAUUUAGACCUUUCGUAUGUAGGACUGCGAGUGUUGCCAGAAUCGGGCUUGUUUUCAUUCUUCCCCCGACUGGAAAGCCUGCUCUUGGUCGGUAACGACAUCAAAGAUUUACCCAAAACGGCAUUUAGUGGCUUGGGUAGCCUGAAGACAUUAGACAUGGGCAAAAACGACAAUUUGCCCAAUGUCCCCAAAGGUUCGUUUGUGGGCCUUGGCAACCUGACAUCCCUGUCCCUCACCCUCGCAAAAGGGCGGUCAACGAUAGCCGGUAGCGUUUUUCUCAACCUUCCUAGGCUGAAGUCUCUGACUAUCUCAGGGCCUGCGAACGAGCACGCGGUUGGAAAGUUCACCUUGUACAGCCUGCGAGGUUUGCGGUGCCUGGAAAGUCUGAUAGUAGACUGGAACGACCUUCCAGAGGUCCCUACUCCUGCUCUCGGAAAAGUCAACGGAACUCUGAAAAAGCUGAGCUUCAUUCGCGGCCACAUUUCGGCACUGGAAUCUGGAAAGUUUCGCGGGUUCAAACGCCUUGAGUCUCUUGACUUCACGUUUAACAAGCUGUCUUCUCUUCCCAAGGAUGCAUUCGACGGUCUUGUAAACCUAACCUAUCUGAAACUGUCACACAACUUCAUCAGAACAAUCGACAAAACGGCAUUUUCCGGCCUUUUUAGACUGAAGAAGUUAUACUUGGAAAACAACAACCUUUGUGUCAAAGCUGACAUACCGUUCCUUCCCCCAUUCACAGACUUAUCAUCACUAGUCUCCCUGCAUCUCGAUGAGCAAACGUUGGACUGCUACUCUCCCGGUGGGAUUCAGUCCUUCCCGCCCGAUUUCUUUGCAGGACUAAUCUCUCUGAAGAUGCUUUAUCUAGGCCACAACAAUCUUAGAGCAAUGUUAGAUCAGGAGGAAACCAGCCGCCCAUUUGCCAAUCUCACGUCACUGGAGGAACUGGAUUUAUCACACAACAACUUCCACAGUAUGACGUCGCUGCCGUUCGAAAACCUUCAGAACCUGACGUCUUUAGACCUGUCUUCUAACUGGAUUCAGGGCAUUCCAGUCGCACUGUUCAAAUCGCUGCCCAAGCUGCGAACACUCAAGCUAAAUUCUAACCAUCGACUUGGAGCAUUGCCAGAAGACGGGUUCGACUUCUUGCAAAAUCUUGAGAAUCUGAACCUGGAAGACAACCCCUUGCAGUGUACUUGUGAAGAAGAAUGGUUUCACGACUGGGUGGUGAGUAACAAGACCAAGACACUGUUUUACAACUUGUCAAACUACGGCUGCGUGUCUCCAGAACGUCUUGUGCACAAGACCAUCUUAGACUUCGACGCCGAAGCCCAAGGCUGCCACGACAAGACGGGGAUUCACGUGGCCAUCUCCGGAGCGAUCCUCCUCUGCAUCUUCCUCGUGGGAGUCGUCGUCGGCUAUCGGAACCGCUGGUACAUCAAGUACGGCUGCUUCGUCAUCAAGGCUCGUUUCCAUGGCUACCAGGCCCUGAGAGAGGCGAACGUGCCGAAGAAGUUCGACGCCUUCGUGUCCUACAACCACAACGACCGCGCCUGGGUGAUGGACGAACUGGUACCGCACCUGGAGGAGGAAGGGGAACCGUUCCGACUCUGCCUGGACUACCGCGACUUCGUCCCCGGCGCGCCGAUUACUGAUAACAUCGUGAACGCCAUCUACGAUAGUCGCAAGACCGUCUGCCUGGUGACGGAGGAGUUCCUGAAGAGCGAGUGGUGUGAGAUGGAGGUGCAGAUGGCGACGUACAGGCUGUUCGACGAGCAGGUAGAUGUGUUGAUCCUGGUGUUCCUGGAGGAUAUCCCUGACCGCGCCCUGCACCGCUACCAGCGCCUGCGCCGCCUCAUGUGCAAGAGGACCUACCUGGAGUGGCCCAAGGACCCGCAGGGGAAGGCUCUCUUCUGGGAACGUCUUAAAGACGCGCUGAAGACUGGAGACAGGCCGCCGAUUCAGAACAUCAUCUGAACGUUUCCUUGUAGGAGUCUUAAACUCCAAAAGGUAGUGCUUUUUUUCGUUUGACGCGCGGAAGACUGAAGACAGGCCACCGAUUCAUAUCAUAUGAACGUUUCCUUAUAUCAGU